AUGCCUUUUGCAGAGGUGUCCGUCACUCUCAACAAUGAUUCUGUGUUGCGCAACAUUCUGAGAAAGAAUAUAUGCCUGUCAAAGAACCCCACACCUAAGAAAUUUAAUAGAAAAUUCCUCGCAACAGGAAACGCAGCGACGGUUGGCAAUUUGCAGUCCGUUCGUGCUCGUUUGGAGGGGCGGAAUCCUCCAAAAGCGCCCGUACCCAACGUUUAUCACAUUCAGGAGUUUAAUGUAGAGAAUGAUACUGCAAACAAAAAAAAUAUUGACUCUCAGAAACGUCUGAAAGCGCAGUCUGCGGUGUCGCCUCUCGAAGACAUAGUUUGCGACGACUUGCCAAUUUCGCAAUGGCCAAGAGCCCGAAAACAGCGGAUGCAGGUUGAGGAAGGCGAGUUGUUAAGGACCCGCAAGCACACGGCAGCGUCGGCUUUGUUGGGUCUCUCCCAUUACAGAUGA